GCGACUCCCAGUGGUAUCAUUCUACAUUUGAUAAUUUUCUUCACUUUUUCUAUGGCAAAUAUGUAUGAUAAUUGAACGAAAGCAUUCCAUUGGAUAUGGAAAGUGUUGAAAAUGCUGGUGCUUCCUGUUUAUUCAGAUUGGGAGAGGAGAGAACCCAUUCGAUUCAAACACUCUUUAAAUAUUUUUGUCAUCAUUUGCACAGAGGCGAGUGGGAGUUGUCAAAAGCUUGUGUCGAUCAAUUAAAUGCUGAAGGAAAAUAUGCCGAUGUCAACAUUAAAGACGUUUUACUCGAUGUCAUCCAGUUUCCUUUUAGUCGCAGUGAAACAGGAACAUACCUCAGGUCACCUUUACACUUGUCAUGGCUCUGUUUGAUGAAAUACAAGACUUUGAAGAAUACAACAGAGGAAAAGGAUUUUGAACUACUGCUAAAGGAUGUUGAGUUUUCAUUGAUAUUAUUUGACGCUUGUGAAUUGAUACCUGCAACAAUACUCAAGGAAUUGUAUCAGUACCACCAGAAUGUGCUUCAGCUGGAGUGUCGGGGGAACGCCCAGACCCGCAGUCCUCGUGUCCUGAUCACACAACUUCUACAGACACUGCUGUCCAUUCUACAACAGAAUCCAGUUCUAGGCAACAGGUUAAUACAGUCUCUCCAUGCAAAGUCAGACCAUGAACAGUACAAGAAAAACAACAAAGUACUGCAGUUACUUUAUAUCAAAGCCAUCAGCAGUGUUCUGGAUAAAAUUUCCCAACCCCUUCAAGAAGUUUCGGAUGUAGGGGAGAAAGUGGUAGAGAAUGGAGUGGAAAACACAGUGUCAUCAUUGGAUGAUAAUCUGCAAACUUUAUAUCAGAUACUCUCACUGUUCAAUCCCCAUACCUAUGAAAAUUAUCCAGAGAUUAGGGAGAUCUUUGGCAGGUUCUUGGAACUGUCAAGUGGAGAGAGGCCCGUACUGAAUAGAAAAUCACUGCUGUCAGCCCUGAUAGGGGCAGAAGAUAAUUAUUUGGUGCAGGAAUUUCUGAAGCUAGAGCAUGAAGUUUAUGUCAAGACGUGCAGUUUUCCUUCAAAUCUGAGAGAUGUUGAUGCUACAGAAGAAACCAGAGUGAUGCUGAAAAUUUCAAAAGAACAGGAUACAGAGGAAGGAAUGCAUCAGCUGUUUAUGAUGUGUUAUAUAAACAAAGAACAUUUUCUUAAUAUUGUUGUGAACACAGCAGUCCUUUUGAUUAAACAUGGCCUGUUUGAGGAACUGGGUCAGCUUCUAUCAUCAGGAAUGUUUGAUCACUUGAGGCCUUUUCUUCUCCUACAUGGCUGGUCCUACUGUCAGACCUGUGCUCAAGCUAAGCUUCUGUUGGACACCUUAAAAAAUGAACAGUGGAAGAGUUCCCACCCAGCACUGGAGAGUGCCUGUAAUAAGUUGUCUUACCAGAUUGACCUUAUCAAGUGGUGUCUAGACAGAACCAAGCCACUUUUACCAGCAGCUGAGAAGGGCCAAGUAAGCUCCAAUCAGAGAGCAGCGGACAUGUUUACGGGACUAGAGAACCAUUCUGUGUUGUACGUGCUUCAUCAGUCUACACGCCUAGCUUCACUAGAGCAACAGGAAGUCCUGAACCUUCUACAAAAGAGUCCACUACAGAAAAACCCAGAUUCUAGCAAGUCAACAAAAUCUGUGAGAUUUCAAGCAGACAAAGAAAAGGAUGAGUUUCAUAUCGAGAGAUGGAGAGAUAUUUCUAUCUACACUGGUUAUUGUGCAAUAAAAAAUGUCAUGGAUGCUGUUUAUUUUUGUGCUGAAUGUGUUCAUGAAAAACUAGUUCAUCCAGUGCAAGAGUCCAAUUCUGUAAGUCCACUGGAACACAUGAUUUCCAGCAUGUCUUCCAGCGACUUGGGCACUUCUGAUUCAGGAUAUAACUUUCAAGAAGAGUACUCCAAAAAUGUCACUGAGAAACUCAGUAGUGCCAAAAUCUAUCUGAGCAAACUGCAACCAUUAACAUUCAGAGUAGAAAUAUUAGAAAAUAUCUUUUCGUUACUUUUUCUGUCACAUGAGGAAAUUCAGGAAUCUUCCGCCAUUUUUGAUUCUGAUAGUGAAACAGGAGAAGAAGACAAACGAGGAAGAAGUGAGACUAUAGUGGGUGAUCGUCCGAGCCUGAGUCAGAGUGCGUUGUCAGAGGGAAGCACUUCCUCACCCUCACAGAGUGUUGAUGAAAGAUUUGCAAGUGAGGAUCUAACAGGUAUUGGACAAAUUGUUAUUGGUAGCUACGAUGAACCAUUUGAAGAGACAGUUCCAGAUGUCAAAGUGAAGAAAAGAGAAAGAUCAGCUAGUCAAGACAAUAAUCGGACUGUUUAUCUUCAAAGAUUGAACAGUUUAAAGGAAAAGUUGGCCCAGCAGAAAGGGGGAUCUGGAAAUGGGAGCACACUUAGCACCGGGAGUACCAGCAGUUGUAGGAAAUUUGGCUUCCUUUGUAACGAGUAUCUAGUCAGAGACAUUCUAGCAUUAUUGAAAGAGUGUCUAGUUGAUCUGAGUUCUGCCAAGUUCCAAAUAUUAGGCAAUAAGGAAACAUCUGGAAAAGCUACAAAGACAGUUAUAGAUGUCAGUUUGGAGGAACCUCUAUCACGUUUGGUCCAGUCUAGUGUGGGAAGAGAUACACUACAAAGACAUGCAUCACAACUUCAGCAGUUUGUUAGUGAGGCUCAGUGGAGGUUCCAAUUGGUUUGUCAUGAAAUGAUUCCUCGAACCCCGGGGGUGGUCCUGGCUAAACCACUGUCUUUUUCUCUGGAGGAGAAUGAUGAUGAGUUGGCUUUUUUUCUGCAACAAAAAAAUGGUGCUACCAAACGAAUAAGGAGAAUUUCCUCUUCUUCAAAAGACCCAAGAGAUGAAGAUAACAAGUCAAACAGAAAACACAAAAGGAGACGACACAGAUCUCAGACAGGACAGAAGAUCCGAAAAUCUCCCAUUCCAAUGGGGAUCAUAUCCACUAUGUUGUCCUCUUCAGAAACUCUACUGAAUAUGUGUAUACGUAAACAAAACUUUAGCCAUGCUUCUGAAGUUAUCAAGCUAUUAAGACUGGAUGACACUCCUCAAGCAAAAGAAGUCAAGUUUGCAGAAUUGUUCUCUAAGUGUUCCAAGAAACUUCAACAACUUCCCUCAGGGCAAAGCCAGGCUGUGAAGCCAGGGAAACUCUCCAUGAAAGGCUUGGCAUCAGUGGCAGCAGCAGGAGUAGCCACUGUGUCUGUGAAUAGUGUAGCAGAGGAAAUUCUAAAUGAAAAAGGCCUUCCCAUAAUUCCAUGUCCAAAGUCAAGGCAUGUCAUACCUGUGAAAUAUUCAGAACUGUUUGAUCAGAACAAUGUGCAUAUGAUGAUUUUAUUUGACGUGCUGUGCACUUCCUGCAAAAGUUGGGAAACAUGUAACAGCCUAAUUGACAUAAUCAAAUCCAAGUUCAACAUUAAACCCCAGAAAGUCUCAGUCUCCAAUGGGGAAGACAAAAAGAAAACUGAUCAGAGAAUUCAAGGAAUUCCUAGUCUUAUUAUAAAGUUCGAAUCUUUGCUUCAGCUUGGUGGAGACAUGGACUUAACCACAACACUUUCCCACAAAGAAACUCUAUCAAUGCUUUAUAAACAUAGCAUUCAAACAUUCCUUCAGACAGCAACACUCCCUCUUUUAAGAGAUGACUGUUUAACAUAUGCUGUGAUGUUGAUAGAAAUGAAAAAAGUCAUAGAUAAAACAGAACAUGCAUUCCAACAGCAUGGCAAGAUGCCACUGGAGGGGUACAUCCACAGGGCACAGAAGGGUAGUUCUGAAUUCAGUCCAUCAAAAAUUAGUCCAAGGACUAGCCCCCAAACCAGUCCCAGACCCUCCCCAAAAUCUGAGGACCCCACACAGACAGAUAAACCAGUGUUGCACAAUGCCAUGAAACAUCUGAUUCAUGUGAUGCAGAAAGAGGUCCCUAAGGGAGGGAUGUGUACUGUUAUGACAAGAACACCUCCGUCUUCAGUAGGGAGCAGGGACUAUUUACAACACUUGUAUGAUCAUCUAAAGGGUCUGGCCUUUGUGGUGGCUGAAACAGAAGCAAAAGCUAGUGAUUCUGUAAUAACACCUAAGAACUACUUCCAUAUGCUGUCUGAGGGACCUAUUGAGACUCUAGGGAGAUUAAUGUUUUCUUUGAGAAUUUUCCCUGAGAAGUUGGAGAAGGUGGCCAAGAGACUGAGUUUGAGUCUGACUCAGAUUAUUGUUCAGAGCUGUUGUACCAACAUUCCUAGUAAACUUUGCCUUAAACAAGUAUCAAAGAGGAAAGUGUCUGAGAGACAAUCAGAAAAAAGAUUGGCUUCCUUGCCAGAAGGACCAGAGGCAAUUGUGCGGAGCAUCCUAACUCGUCUCUUGCAUCUCAUGAAAGAUGUCACCACAAACACAAAUCCUAAGGGUGUUUUUGACAUUUCUUGUGCCAAAUGUCUAAUCAGACUUCCAGAAUAUAGGGAAAUUGUAUCAGGAACUAAGUGUUUCAGAGAACUUGAUUUAAAUUCAUUAAAAUCCAGGGAAGAAAAGCUAUGUUUUUAUGGUAAUUUACAAAAUCUUAUGUUUCUUCACAUGUGCUUGGAUGAUAUUGACAAAUCUACCUCCAAUACAGAAGAUCUCAAUGAGAAGAUUUAUUGUGAGUUGUGUGGAAUUGAGAAAAUUGUACAAAUGAGUCUUUUCAGCUAUAAUAUUGGACAGCUGGGAAGAGUAAGCCUGUUUGAUUUAAAGUUUAUUUUGAAUCGAUGUGGACUUCCACCCCCAUCAGAGUUUGAAGACAUCCUAAAGAAUAGAAUGUUGGAGCUAAAUAAAAGUGAUCCCUGGUUUAACUUUGCACUAUAUCCGGAGCCUCGACUUCUGUUUGUGACCACCACAUGCUCCGAGUCCUCACCUCCAUUACAGGUUCUUAACCCAGAGCUAGUCAAAAGUCAGUUGCAGUCUGCCAUGAGAGAAUAUUUAACACACUGUGUAGAGAUUGACAAGGAUGACAAUACAAUCACCCUUCCUGAGCUGUUGAUGUGGUAUAGACACGAUUUCAGCAGUGAACAGGAAACAUUUACAGCAGAACAUGAGGGAAUCCUACACGUAGUGGAGGGGCACACCACGGGGUCAACACAGGCAGUACUGAGAGAGAUGUUACAAAUGGACAAGGUUCAUGGAUACUCAGAGAGUAUUGAUACAGCUGGAAGGAAGGAACUUCCUUUUAAAGUUUUAACUGAUAAAUUCCAUUAUAACUUUCUGGUAAAGUUUGACAAUGAAACAAGAAGUCUGAGGUCAAUUUCAUCCUCACCUGCACUGGCUGUCCACAAAACCCACAGAAGAGUUACCUCCCUUCCCAAAAAUCUUGACCUUUCAUUUGAACACAGUGGUGGAAGUAAAAAAGCGACCCCUAUGAAAUACCAGUUAACACCCCUAACACUGGAGUACAUCAAAGAUGAGAGCCCUCUAGUGGCCACUUUGGUCAGUCUUGUGUGCAUGGAUGAGUUAGAUGAUAUAGAGGAACACCUGAAUGUUGACCAUUUCACAGGAAGUUUAAGGAGCCGUUCCUCCUCAGAGAUGAGUCUGGUGGACAUUAAAAGCUAUAGGUAUCAGAGACUGACCAGGGACUAUCCCAUACUAAAUGGACACAUUCUGAGCUACGUUAUACCUAUUGCAGGGGCAGAGGAUCCUGAAAUAUUGGGCAGUGCCGACCCCAUUCUGAAAUUCAUUUCCAACAAUAUCUCAGACAGAGUGAAAGUUUGUAUGCUCAAUUUACACACCAGCAAGGAGUUUCAGUCUGUGUUGAUGAAAUUAUUAGAGGAUCUGACUAAAGAGGGAAAAUGGUUGACUGUGAUAUCACUACUAGAGGGCAUUCCAAUUAUUGUUACUAGGCAACAACCUCAACUCUGCGUUCUCCAUGACUUUGCCUUGGCUUGUUGUGUGACUGAAUUGAUCAGAGGGAAUCAAUCAUUAAACGAAUCCCAAACGAACAAAGUUGUCUGUUGUGUGCACAAAUUCAUAGACAAAGAAAAAUUUGUUCAUUUGUUGCUCUCUGUUUAUAAAAGUCUGCCUCUGGAUGAGUGUUGUGAACUUUUUGACCUGGCAUUCUAUCUCCAGUCUCACGAAUCUCUGCAUUCAGCUGUAAAAACAAAAAUACAGGAAUUAAAGAUGUUUCUUAGGAUAACAGAAUGUGCCAAAACUCUGCAGUUUAAGAUUUCCAGUGGGACAUCCUUUGAUAAGCUAGACAAAACAGACAUUGACAGUUUGGAACAGUUGACAGAAUGGAGAAAUGUUCAGUCUCCCAAACAAGCCAGUACAGUGUUGUCUGUCCUACUGCGGACUGGAGAUUACGAGACAGCCAGACAGUGGUGUGGAUUUGUCAACUUCCCCGAGCAAAAGUAUCUGGAUGUCGUUGAACAUCAACUUUUCACUCUUCUUGAAAAUUCCAAAUCAGAUUCAACAAAAUCUUUUAUGAUUUUGGAGGAAUUAAAACAGACAAAUGAGAAGGACUGUUACAAAAUUUGUGAGAAUUUGCUUGGGAAAUUGACCAAUCAGAAAGACCGUUUGUUUGUUGUAAGUUACAUGAUGGAGCACCUGACUGGUGUGUUAACAGAGGAGAGGACAGAUGAACUUCAUCAGACAAAGAUAGGAUGUGAUAUGUUGUUGUGUAUGCCAGAGAACUUUGUGCAUGAAUACUGUCACCUAGUGGCUGAACCAAAGCUGAUGUUGGAGCAGUUAUUGAUGAACAUGAAGGUAGAAUUAGCCAGCACAGCAUUCCAGAAAGUUCAUUUUGAAUUGGAAAAGCUAAGAAAUGUGGGGCAGAGGUUUACACAGCAGGACUUUAAUACACUGAUAGCAGAGUACGCAACAAAGGCUUUAGAAUUUAUUGUGAUCCAGUAUGCUGAAUCAGAAAAGGACCGAUCUCAAUCACAACAGUCCAUUUCCUCCAAUGCCUCCUCGGACAAGCUGGAUGGGGCACCAGACAAGUCUCCCACAAAGAGAACCAGUUUAACUGAGUCUGUGAGGGUCAGGAGGAGCAUUGAUUAUACAGGUAAAAAUAGAGGCUUUCUAAGUAACAGUCCAAAUAUAGGUUCCCCUGUCACAAGGACCACCAAGUCCAACAAGUUUGUAAUGCCAGCUGAGCCCCCACCUAAAGAAAAAUGGCAGCCAGAUAGUGCCACGCAGACGUGUAUGGUCUGCCAAGUAGAGCGGUUCAGUAUGUUUAACAGAAGACAUCACUGUCGGCGUUGUGGCAGAGUUGUCUGCUCUUCCUGUUCAACAAAAACUUCACAAGUCAGUGGUAUGGAGGUUAGGACUUGUGAUGAUUGUUAUUCCCAGCUGUUCAGUCCAAGGAAACCUGAAGUAGAGAUUUACCAGCAGUCAUCAGAAAACUUGUCUGGCUCCAGUCUGACAUCUCGAACAUUCAGCUCAAACUUUCCCAUAAUUCCAGAGCAUGGCGAGUCACUCAAUCUCACUGAUGCCAUGCAUCAUUCAGAGCUGAUAUGGAAACUAAAACCUGGUGAUGCAGGUCACAAUAAAAUGGUUCGGGAGGAUUUCUAUUAUGAACAGGCUCCCAGUACCUCGUUGUGUCUGUCUCUACUGGGUCUUCAUAGUAAACCCCACAAGUGUGGCAAGCUUAUGCUGGACCUCUGUGACAACCUAUCUGAGUUCCUGAAACCUAUUGCUCCUGGAGUUCCCAACCCGGAGGUGGAUUACAGUCUGGUUCUCAGUAUGAUGAAGACCCUGUUAGUUCAUGCCAAAAUGCAAUAUAUCAACAUUGGUGAUCCCCAGGGACUUGUGCGGUGCGAGACUUACCAGAGCCAUAUUGACUUACUGGGUAUACUAGUGGGGGACAACUAUACUGACCUUCCCACCCUCCAAGAGCUUACCAAGAAAGACUAUGUUACGAGGAUGAGGGACAAAUUGAUUCAAGUGGAGCGGCUCCAUCUAGCAGUGGAGGUAUCCACUAAGUGUGGUCUAGACCCAGCAGGAGUGUGGGCAGCCUGGGGGAUGAACUGCCUGUUGAAUGGGGACUUUCCCAGCGCCAGGGAAAAAUUCAGUCGAUGCUUGAAGCCUCUUUCUGACCGCAAUAAAGUGAUUCCUCCUCCAAAGCUUCUGGCAGAUGUUAUUGACUUCCUAGAAUCUACUCCAUCAGCUGUUACAAAACAUUUGCAACUUAUGAAGAGCAAAAGAGGGACAUGGCAAGACUUGUUAGCAGAUCCACUGAUGAUGACAGAUGAAGGAGAUACAGACACCCUACAAUACCAUGAGUGUCACUAUUACCUAAAGACAUAUGCCAGCUUCUACACCAUCAUCAACUUCCACCGCAGAAAUGGUCGCUGGAUGAAAGCCGUACAGUACAUACUGAAUCAGAAAUGUUCCAAAGAAGUGUUUGUGGAAUCUCUGUUGAUUCCUGCUCUGAAUUCAGGGGAGCUGGGAAAGUUAACAGACCAGAUGGUAAUGUUGGAUCCAUCCUUAGAAAAGUGGAAUCCCUACCUGACUGCCACCUGUCGACAUCUCGUCAAGCACAGGCUUCAUCAUGUUCUCUAUGAAUUCCAGAUAUUUAUGAAGGAUUACAUUCGAGCAGCCAUGACUUGCAUUAACUAUUUCUAUCAGGAGGGGGCCAAUAGUUAUCUGGAUCUGUACACAAGGAUCAGUCACCUCCACACGGCCCUCAGACAUAUGCAAUCCUACCUGGAUCCCUCAGAAUGGGGGAGUGUCAGACGCCCCACCAUAUCAGAGGAGUCAAAGUUCAGUUCUACAGGUCAAACUCCGGACCCAGUAAGAUUGAUCCAGUCUCCGGAGGAAGUUUCGAGAUACAUAAGGACUGUGUCAAUCCAGAUAGAAGUAACUAAAUACCUGUAUCACUGCUUGACCAAUCCUGACAUCGAGGCAACAAUGCCAAGCCCCACGUCAGUCAGCGGGAGGCAAUACCUCCCCACCAUGUUUGGAAACACCAAAACCAGGACAGAUCUUGUCAACAUGGUUCUCCUGAGUGGAAAUGAUAUUUCAACAGCAUUUGAACUGUCCUACAAGAUAAUUAAGGAGUAUAAACUUGGUGGGACAGCAAUCUUCACUCACGUAGCCAGAGAGAUGGCCAAGGCUCAUCGAUACGCCUACGUCAGGUCUCUACUGGAUGCCAUUGCAAGGGUCGGUUACGGUGAUGAGGACACAGUGGAUGAGAUCGUGGGUGCUUGUAUAUUGGUCAUCUCAAAGAGCCCAAAUGAGGCAAAAGAAGCUGAAAAUUUGAUCAAGUUACUGAAAAAGGAUUCUAAUAAAAUCAAUGCCUACAUUCUGUGUGGUAAGCUUCGAUCUGCCUACUUGAUGGCUGUGAAAACUGACCGAGUGGACGACGUCCAGAGAAUAGCCGGAGCCGCACAAAGAAUGGGACAAACAGCAGUCAAAAACAUCUGUACAAAGUGGCUGCAGCAGAAAGGAAAACAAUGAGUGUGUUAUGUAACUGUUUAAGUCUCAAGUUUUACUUGGUGGAACAACAAAAUGAGAUACACACAAACAUUGUUAUGUGUAUAACCUGAUAUAUGACCGAUACUGUAGAUUCCUAAAUACAUGUGUACAUGAGGAAUUUAUUAUUGUGUAAUUUCGCAAAAAGCACCACUUGCCAAAAAUAAAUUACUUGCUUUUAUUUUUAUAUUGCUGAAAUACAAUGUACAUGUACAUGUGAAAACUCUUGAUCAAUAGUCGAUCCACUUGUGAAUUCAUGAUGUCACAAUUUGACUUCUGUAAGAUAUUUUGUGAUAAGAAGUAUUUGUGUAAAAAUAAGGAAUCUACAGUUAUCAUGAGAAUUACAUGUACAUUACUGAUGUUUGCUCCUCAAAUUUAAAAUGUCUGAAAGUAGAUGGGAGUAGAACAGAUGAUUCAAUGAUAUGUACCACAGAAUUAAAAUUAAGAUGAAUAUGUUUUAUAUACUGUAUAAGAGGAAAUUUUCGCCCCCGUUUUAUUUUCGCCCCUUUCACCCUAAUCACAGGUGGGCAAAUGUAAAACGGGGUGAAUUCAAAGAACACAGGAUAAUUUCUUAAACAAAACUGUGACUAGAUGAAUUUUAAACGAGGCAAAAUUGUUCGCAAGUGUGAAUGGGCGAAAAAAUAAAAUGGGGCAAAAAUAACCCUGUAUACAGUACAAUGUACAUUUUCAAACAAGAAAGUAUGUUUCCAGUGCAUUCCACUGAAAUCUAAAAUGGAACAUGCAUAUGUUCAUUUGUAUGCUUUGUAAUAUGUACAAAUAAUCCAUCUUCCAGGUGAGGGCAUUAAGAAUUAAUGUGGACUUCCUGUGAAAAAAAACAAAAACAUUUUAAUUGGGAAAUAAUAUAAGUUAUUUUAAAACUGAGAAGUCUGUAAAAUGUUGAAAAUGAACAUACAUAUUGAGUAAUAUGUUGCUUCAAGAAUAGCCUUAUAAAUAAUAUGAAUUAAACUCUUAACUCUUAAUUCUUCUGUACAAAUUAGGCUAGGGGAACAUUUCCAUUUGUAUUACUUUGUGAUAAUUCUAACAACUGUGAUAAAUAUGUGAAGAUAGAGACUGUGAAGUUCUAGUUUUUCAUCAUUUUGGUUGUUGAAUUUUGUUUUAGAACUAAAACAUGACAUGACACCAGUUUACCACUGUUUAAUUCGAUAUUUAUAUUUGAGAAAUGUUGACAAAUGUACUGCAUUGUGUUGAUUUAUUGUUAUAUAUCAUCAAUCAGGACUACCUAUUUUAUGAAAAUAAAUUCGUUAAAUUACAUGUA